UGAUUCUAGACGUUUAAGAGGGGAGCUGAGCUGGGGCAAAAAAAUUGGAGAUCUAGAUAAAAUAUUUGUCUUAUAAGCCCUUUUGGAACUGAACAUAGUGUUUCUUAUCAUUUUCGUCAUGCUUGGCUUCUUGAUUUUUUUUUUUUGGAUAAGUAAAAGAUAAAUUGACUUUGUUAUAGUAAGAGGUACUCCUACUUAUUUAAUUACUUAGUGGUUUUUAAUCAUACUAAGAACUGUUAUUCUUGUAUUGGCAGAAAGAUGGUCUCUGUAGUCCUGAUGUAGUGGUCUUUUGCAAAUGUUUAGUUAUUGUUGGUGUUCUAUCCACAUUGAUCAUAGUAAGAAGGAUUCAUUAUUGUGGAAUGCUAGUAAUGACAGAAUGUUCUCAGUCAAAAGCUGUUAUAAUUUUCAGAAGAGAGGCUUUGUUCUGUGUAGCAGAUGUAUUCACUGUCAAUGUUUCUUUUUUGUUGCAGAAAAUGAAAGAAACCAACACUGCGAAUCGCAAAAAGUUGAGAUAACCACACACUGCUGGCAAAAAAUUUUUUGCUAGAAUAUGCGAGGCUGAAAUGGAUAGAAUAUAAUCAACACAAGAAACUGAAGAUGACAGUCAAUCACUUGACGAGUUUGUGUCCGUCAUGGGACCUGAGCAUCCAGGACGCCUAAGAUUGUACGGACGUGGGGUCACCAAGACUUCCUUAAAAAGAAAAGUGGGAGAUAUUGGAACCUCUUCAAGUUCUACCGAUGAGAUGCUGCAACAAAAAAUGGUGGAAAUGGAAGAAAGGAUGAAACAAAGAAUGCAGGAAAAGUUCAAUGCACAAAAAGAUGCCAUGGAACUACAAGUUGCAGUUAACAUCAUUUCACAACUUAAGCGUCUAAAUCCAGACUUAAAGGUUGAUCCCAGCAUGCUAGCUUUCAAUGCUCGUUCACCUGUAGAUGCUUCCUCUGCACAACAAGCUGCUGUGCAACUAAUCAAUCGUCUAUCUACUGGGAGUAAUAAUCGAGGUCAGUACGUACUCUUCUUCUCUUCCUCCUCCUUCUUCUUCUUCUCCUUCUGUUGCUUUUAUGCCACUGCUCUCUCUGAUAAGGCUUUUAACCGAGCUAGUUUUAAUUCUGCUGGUCCUUAGGAGUCUAGUUCUGAUCAGUUGAUCAUUUGUUAAUUUGUCCAAGAAUUGAAAUUUUGUUUGGACUUUUAUUAUGCCUUUGUUAUUUGUGUCAUAACAUAAUACCUUUUCUUGUGUCAUGUGAUGUUACGUUGUUACUUAUGAGGAGUGGUGAGAAAUUGGAUAAAGAAUAAAGAGAGCGGAGAAUGAAUGCGGCUCAUGAGUGAUCUUGCUGUUUUAUCCUUCGGUUCACAUGUUCUUGCAAAAAUGUUUUCAUGCUCCAUUGGAAUAGCUGAAUGGAAAAAUAAGGUUUUGUCAGACCUCCUGUUAAAGAACUAACAGUAUAUACUAGUUUCAUUGAGUUUUUGCCGUUUUUAUGAGUUUUAGCAUAUUGUUCUAGCAGAAAGCCAUUAAGGGGUGUGUGAAAAAUAGGUUCUUGAUUAGCUGAUUUUUUCUUUCUUUCAUACUUUAUAACAAAAAAGUCUUUUUUUCCCAACAUUAUGUAUGCUUGUUUGAAUGACUGUAGUAUUUACUAGUUUCGUUGAGUUUUGCUAUUUUUAUGAGUAUUAGCAUAUUGUUCUAGCAGAAAGCCAUUGAGAGGGGUGUGUGAAAAAUAGUUUCUUUAUUUAUAUACUGUAUGCUUGU